AUGUCGACAACUCGCACGCCGCAUGCUCUUGAUUACGGCUCAUAUCAUUACUUUGCUGUCACUCUCUUCUCUGACUCAUCCCUCGAGGACAUAAUUUCUAACCUUCCGCACAAAAUAGAGUAUGUUGGACAAAUCGGUGAAUUGAAGGAUGCGGUUCUUGUAAAAUGUGAGAAAAGUGACGUUGACAUCGAGGAGACAAGAAGAACAUUGAAAACGAUUCCAGGUGUGGAGAAUGUAGAACAUCAGUUGAUAGAGCAUCGGGCUGUAGAUAAUAUACCGACGAGGCAACCGAAAAUAAGUCAUGAGGAGCUUACGAGGACAGCGGACAACAAUGUUUUCUUUUUUUUUUGCACGGAGAAGUCAAGAAUAGGCUCAGCACACAACACGCUUUACCAAAAGUUUGUGGUCAAUCUAUUCCCACUUGGUCUAUUUGUUUCCGAAAGUACUGUGACAUCAGACACUAUUCUACUACGCAUUUAUGAUGGAUAUCUGCAGCGAGCCUGGAAUCUUGUUCCAUCCGGCGAAACUUUUGUGUGGUUAUAG